UUCAAGCAAGAGCUUCCCUGGUUCGCUCCAUUCAGUCAGUUUCGAACGGGACUUCUGAGCGAUCGCAAGUGGUGUCAGCUGGUGUCAGUUUGUGUGGUGAUAUCACGCCGUUAGUGGAUGCGCAGCAAGAGUGUGGUGUAAAUGCUGCAGAGUGGUGAACGAUUCGCGCGCGCUAAUCUUUCUUCUUUGUCGGAUUUGUGUUGUUGGUGGCCAGCAGGAAGAAUCUUGCAUUGGAAACAUUAGACCCCAAACCGGUGCGGAUUUUGGUAUUUACGGUUGUGUUGAUGCGAUUCUGUUUUUGCUGCUGCUGCUAGCAGUUGAGGAGUCAUUCGAGAUAUGCUGUGUGAGUGUUGUUUUGCUGCUGACUACACGGAAGAUUUCAUUUUAUGGUUCGGCAGAAUAUAGCACCUGGUGAUGGUGGCGGGAAUCUUAUCUUGGCCGUCAAAUUUGAACGACGACUGCUGCCGGAUCGAUGAGACUGCCUCUUCUAAUCGUGUAGAAGCUCGGCUGUGAGAAGAAAAAUUAAGAAAAUUGUGAUUGUUGGUGGUGAAAUCCAGUGAGGGGCGGAGAACGAAGUGAGAAAAAUAGGCAUCGAAGCCCAGCGCAGAGGCUAAAACGGCUCAAGAGCAAACCGCGAAGUGAAUCGAAAGUUAUAACAGGAAAAGAGCAACUUAACGAAUUAGUUAUUUUUCUUCCAUCUCGCGUACAUAUACGGCUCCGACGAAUAGUGGUUGUAUUUUAUUGAAAUAGAAGCCCUAUAAAGUGGAUGGAAAGGUGAACGGUGAAGCAACUGCAGUCGGCUGAUCUGGAUACUGUUUCUUGCCGUGGUUUCGGCCGAUCCGAAGCACCGAGGAAGACGACGGAGCAGCAGCUGGUGGUGGAAAACCAGCGACCAAAGGGAACGGAGAAAUAGAAUAACAUUUUGCCGAACCCCGGCCUUUUCGUUACCCUACCCCUUCGGGUCUAUGCAGGGCGAAUGAACUGAGCGGAUUUAGGAAUAAUAUAACAAAUAUUAUAUAUCGGCUUGGAGAAAUCAAUUUGCCCGAACUUUGGCAUCGCCCGGAUUCGCUUCGAAGCAGAACGCCACGCCAAUUCAGUGUUGUAAAGUGCGUCCAAAUUGUGUCAUUCGGAAAAGCCGUGUCGGUACCGGUCCCUGUGAUUAGAUCGAUUAAUUCGAAUCAAUUAAUCGCUGUCUGAGGCUAACCGGUAUAGCCCUGAGAAGAGUGGAGAAUAAAAAAUUGAGUUCAAGAUUAAGUGAGCCCUUGAAAUUGUGAAAAUUUCCGUUACAGCUGAGUGGUUUUUGUUUCUUGCCGAGAGCCAGCACAUCAGACGGUUCUGCCGUCGGGAGUCGCUUCAUCUCAUCCCGAGAUUUGAAGAUUGGAAAUAAGACUUUCCGGCUCAUCUCAAUCUGCAAAAGAUCCUAACAAUCACAGCAUCAUCCAGUAAUUAGGCGCCAUGUCCACACGAAGGCGACUCGGUCCGUCGCUGCCCAACAGCCGGUGGCCUUGCAUGGCGAUAUUCCUGCUGCAGCUGGUGACCAACGGCGACAGUUUAGCGAUGGCCAACAGUGUGUUCAAAGCGUUCAGCAAAGACCAAACAAUGACGUCCAGCACGCUGGCGUGGGAGAAAUUCAACGGCGAAAAAACCCAGCUGCAAUUCGCCGUCCAUACGUACAACCCCGACGAACAUCCCCACCCGAAAGAGUUGAUCGACAGUGACCAGCUAAUGCACGAAAGCUACGUGUGUCGAAUACAGGUCGAGGGCAUCUACUGUGCCGGCCAGACGCACAUGGAGGACUCAUCGACCAUCUGUACAGCAUCGCUGCAAUCGGAUGUGCGUCGACACCGGACGUUUGAGGUGUUGGUGAACCGGGGAGGAGGCGGAAAACUCAAAUGGCAACCCUGGAACAAGUACCGCACGGAGAAAUUUCCAGGCGCUGUAAGCGCAAGCACCGGAAAGGUUGACGAUUACUACGUGGCACGGGUCAAGCUGGAACACCACGGACACCACCACCCGUUUAUCGUUGGUAACUACGAUCCUUUGGCAAAAUUGGGCGGACGCAUCUACGCACCACUCCCGGGAGCUCCCGAUACCAUGGAGUACGAACGGGGCGACAUUCUUGUUGAGAUUGAACCAGUGCAGUACGAGCUAAGGAACAUCAAGCUGAACAAGCUGCGGACAGUGAUCAAAAAGAACACCACCAUCCUGGGCGCAACGGUAUUGUCGAACGAAGAGGACAUCACGAACCAGGCGGAGACAGUGAUAACCUACGACUACGCCAAGGUAACCUACUAUGGGCGCCAGGAGGGUGUGGUCAAUGGCAUUCCCACGAAGGUGAUCGACCCUCGGACGCAACAAGCGGUCGACAUGUACUGGGGGGUUGAGCUCCCGGAACGGAAAUUUGAGACCAAAUCGAUCAACACUAUUCUGCAGCCGGGAACCGCCAUCAACGUCACUCUGUUGGGCAACUACACCGAAAUGGAGGCCCCAUACCAUGCGAUUUUGAAGGCGUAUUAUGACGAUAACAGCGACGCCGUGUCACGUAAACUGGGCGGUUAUAUGUUGAGCAAGGACAUGGAGGACGUCAAGAUCGAAUUCAGUCCCAUCUAUUGGAUUGAGAAUGGCACUCUGGUGCCGACGACUACGACGACCACAACAACCACCACAACGUCCACUACGGAACCAACAACGACUAACGAGGCGGUCCCGAUUCAUAACACCCCGAUCGAUGACAGCGACAACUUCCAGCUGGAUGACGAUAUGAGCAACGAGAUCGAUCGAUUGGUGGCCAACGGUAGGGAGGAGGUGGCCAGCAGCAGAAGCGUCGACAAACCGGAAGGUAGCGUCAGUUUGUCCAGCGUGGGUGGGGCGUCGAAGGGUGGCCACAAUGCAGCGUCCGGUCUGCACCGAUGGUCAACCACAACCGUGAUAGCAGCAGCAGCAGCAGCAGCAUUACUGCUAGCGCAACGGAUUUAACUUUAGUGUAUCAUGUUUCGAUAAGCAGCUGUGUUAAAUAAGUUUUAUUAUCGUACCAUUAUUUUGUUGUUCCUCGCCGCCACCCACCACCACCACCCAACCGCACUCUGUUUUCGUGUGGAUGAAGGAUGUGGGCUGGGAAGAAUGGGCUGAGUCCCAACGGGAAGCGAACGCAUCCGGAAGUCACAGUAUUUCUUUCUUGUUUUUAACCCGUAAGAAACGCGCCUAGUUUUAAGCUGAGCUAAUGUGACACACACAGAAAACAAAAAAAACCACUAUAUCUCACGCAGUCUGUUUAAGAGUUAGGGAAGACAAGAUUCGAUUUAUCGCUAUAAAUUACCGUUUUUAGCUUAGCCCAGUGAAUAUUGUGUCGCGACCAAACAUUGGAAGAGAAACACGUUAAGGACCGUAAAGUAAUCUUUGUUCGACAUGUAAAUAUAGAUUAUAGUUUAGUAUCACUUCUAAGUAAUGGGGAAAAAGCCCAACUGAAUUAUUUAUCUCAAUUUAAGCCGAUAGUUCAGACAACAUUCCACAGUUACGCGAGCCUAUUAGUUAAACGAGGAUUGAGGUGAAGGUAGAUGUUUUCAAGAACAUUGCGUUGAGCCGAGUGGAAGAUGUGGUUAGAUGAAAAACUAAUUGGUACACAGUCGCCCUUGUUGAUUGCGUAUGAGUUUUAUAAAAAUAAAUACCAUAAUAGAAAUGCCCAAUUUAAAGAUUCGAUUGACACUGCCAGUAGGAAACGUUUCCAUGAUAUAAAAACAAGCGCCCAUCAGAAGCUCGAUUAAACUGUUCUAACCAGGGCUGUGGAGUCGGAGAAAAAUUUCCGGAAUCCGAUUCGUCACAAUUAUUAGUACCGACUCCGACUCCUGCUGAAAAAAAAAGUUUUAUUUCCGUAACAAACAAAAUUGCUUCAGGCAAAUCUUCCUUCUUGGAGGCUCGAAGAUCUGGCUUCAAAAUUUUCAAAGCAGAGUACAGUCUUUCUACGCUGACUUGAGUUGGUGGCAUCCUCCAGUUUUUUUACUCGAUCCAGUCAAACGGUUAAAUCCAAAAAUCUUCAAUUUUUUGAACGGUUUUAUUUAGAAAUAUUAUCCGGUUUCACCCAGUUAUUCAGAUGUUUACUUCAGUUUGACUCAUUUUAUGUAAAAGGAAGGAAGGAAGGUCUUGAAUUAUAGAGACUUUAAACUUUUGCAGUUCAUUCAUCUCUAGCCUUGAGAAAGGCCCUUUGAAAACUCUACUCUAUUCUACUCCAGCGCUACCACCUCCGCCCUCCUGCCUUGAGAAAGGCACUCGAUCCCUCGCCGUCCAGCUCGUCCAGCAACGAUGUUGUCCAGUCGGUGUCCACACAAAGAAUGUUAUGUAAAAUAAAUUCACAAUGCAUAAAUAUUCCUCCCUCACUCUUCCUAUCCCUCCUUUAGGAACCGUGGGUAAUACGGUCAGUGGGGGUAAAAUGGACAGGUGGUUGAUUUGUACAGUUACAUCUCGAAUUUCAAAUUCCUGUUAAUGCCUUCUACAUGUUAUUCUACAAUAUUUAAGCCACCCUAUAGCAAUGAAUACUAAUCAAAAGUGGAACAGGGAAACAAAAACCGAAAAUCAAACAUGAUUCUGCGUGUGGAUGUAAUAUAACUGCUUCGAUAUUAAGUAUUUUGAGUGGUUUAAUAUCAUAAUUAAAUUCGCUGAUGGUUGUAUCUCGUUUUGUGAGUUAACAGAGAAGCGAUAUUAUAUUAUAUGUACGGAAAAGUAAAUUCAUUUUUGAGUGCAAAAUUUAAAUUGUUGAAAUAAUUAUACUGGUGGGCUAAAACGGACAGUUGCCAGUGGAAGUGAGAUGGGCUGUGAAAAGUCUGUUUAAUCUAUUUCUAAGGAAUGCCCUGCGUCUAUAAAUGGAAAUCAAAUCGCCAAAUGUGGACUGUUCAGAAACUGACUGGAACCAAAAGCAAAAUAGUUGAGGGUCUUUCCGUUUAUACUGCUGAAAUGCACGAUAUCACUUCGAGGUGGAUUAAUUCGUUUUUUUAAUCAUUUAACGGACAUUCGUGAUGAGUUCAGACCUUGGUUGAAUAAAAUUAUUCCUCUCACGAUCGAUAAACUUCUACGCUUCAUAUAUUAGAAACCUGUCCAUAUUAUCCCCACUAUAUGUCCAUUUUACUCGCAUCGAAAAAAAAAGUUAUACUUUUCGGUCUGUUUUAAUUUCAGUCAAAAACAUUGAGAAACACUUUUUUGUAAAAUAUUUGACCACUUAGGUAUUGAAUUGCAAGAAACUGCAUUAAAGAUUUGGGAAACAUGAGUUUCCAAAGAUAUAAUUGAAGUUGUUCUUAACAUGUCCGUUUUACCCCCACCUCCCCUACCUGUUUUACACCGCGCUUGAAUCGGGUUUGCUUCUCUGUUGAAUUAUAUUUGUUCACACGAGCGCAUACGGUUGGUAUGGAGGGGCGCUGUUGAAGUGAGAAGCGUUGUUUAGUAUCUGAAUUCUGCGCUGUGUUCAUUCGGCGCUCUUUUGUUUAUGAAUUUGGUACACUUCGUAUCAAGAGAAAACACGUGUUUGUUAUGAACACGCGCUGUUGAAAAUUGAAUGCAAGCGCAGCACAGCGUAUGUUUUCUGAAGACUGCUCGUACCUUUUGAUGUUCGAUUUUUGAAAUGAAUCGUCCAUCAACUAAUCGAACAUUUUUCGUUUAUUUGUUAAGCUUGUUUUAGUAUGAGUGAAUUGACGUAGUACUACGUCUUUCAUUUCUAUACUGGGGUGUAAGUUCAAAGUUUCGAAGAAGAAAGCGUUACGCCGGAGAACGAGAUUUUGAGCGUUAAUGGCUCCUAAACAACUGAAAAAAAUGGUAUGAUAAACACUUCAUUCGAAAGAUAAAAUGUCUACGCGUUAUAUGCUUGUUACUUUCUGAUCCAAAAACUUGUUUCAAUAGCCCUAAAAUUGCUCUCAAAACAGGCUAUUAAAAUCACACCAAUCGGUAUAUAAGCGAGUGCUGCUCGGAAAACCACUCAGUUAUGAUUGCGCAACGAUUGGAGUACGAUCGCUGGAAUGGAUGGAUGUUUCCCUAACAUAGACUUCGAAACCAUGGAGCCUGUGGAAAUCGGCAUAGCAAAUUAGAUGCAAGCAGCGGGUACUUUUGUACUCGUUUGUAUUUUGCAAAUUGGAAUGUUUCCCUAACACAGAAUUCUAAAUCAUGAAGCCUGGGGAAAUCGGCUUUGCAAAAUAGAUGCGACCUGCAGGUAAUUUUGUACUUGCUUGCAUUUCUGCAAAUCGGAAUGUUUCCCUAACAGUCUUCAAACCCAUGUAGCCAGGGGAAAUUCGCAUUUUAGAUGCAAGCAGUGGGUGCUUUUGUACUCGUUUGCGUUUUUGGAAAUCGGAAUGUUUCCCUAACACAAACUUCAAAAUCAUAAAACCUGGGAAAAUCGGCAUUGCAAAGAGAUGAGAGCUGCGGGUACUUUUGUACUCACUCGCGUUUCUGCAAAUCGGAAUGUUUCCCUAACACAAAUUUCAAAACUAUGGAGCCUGAGUAAAUCGGCAUUGCAAAAUAGAUACAACUGCGGGUACUUUUGUACUCGUUUGUGUUUCUGCAAAUUGGAAUGUUUCCCCAACACAGAUUUCAAAAAAAUGGAGCCUGGGCAAAUUGGAAUUGCAAAAUAGAUGCAAAUUACGGGUACUUUUGUACUCGCUUGUAUUUUUGCAAACCGGAAUGUGUUUUCCAAAUACAGAUUCUGAAAUCAAAUAGUUAGGAAACUCGACAUUGCACAUACAUUCAUGUCGGCAAUACUUUUAUACCCCCAUGCAUUUUUACACUCCGGAAUGCGUUUUGCUAUCACGGUCUACAAAAGCGGGUACAAAUGCAACGCUUUGGCUCGAUUAUUCAAGACUGCAUUUGAAGAUAUCCCUUCAUGUCGUCAGCUCACUGAACUUCUUUGAUGAUUAGAAAAAAUGUUGAUAACUAUUUGCUGCGAUAACUACUUCCAUAAUGCAUGAAGUCAACUUAAAUUGGGAUUUGUUUGCAAUUGAAUUCUUUAAUAGUUUCAUUAAUUCGCUAGUUUAAUCAAUAAUUUAACAAAAGAUAGCUCUACGCAGCGACGUUAUCAUACCCAAUAAGGAACAUCCAAGGUGGGAUUAUUGCUAAUUGAAGAAAUACAAUUGAUUACUUAGCCAACGGCAGUCCUUCGUCGACUUUGCGGUUAUAUCAUAGGUAUAACCUAUUCAUAGUUUUUUUCACUUGCGGAAUGUUUCCAAUAGAGUCAAUGAGGUACAUAUAUGAGGAUAUAUGAGCAGUAGACAAACUGUAAUUGGAUUGGUGAACAUAAUAUGGUAAAGGAUGGAACGACGAAAAAGUGCUAAGACAAAAUAACGUUUAGAGUAUGUUUAUUCUGAAUUUAAAAAAAGCAUUUUUUUUGAAGUUCAUACAUUACAUUAUUUAAAAAAUAUAUAUAUGGUUAGUUCUCCUGCGGAUAAAAAACGAAUGCUCGGGCCCUCAUUUUCACAUGCUGCAUCAGAUUUUGUACAGCCGAUUUGUCGACCUUCUCAGCUGCUACACGUCAGUUAACCUUGAAUUGCUGCUCGCUCCUGACGACUUUUUUCGUCUUCCGUAAAUUCCGCUUUACGAUGGCCCAGUAUUGUUCGAUCGGGCGAAGCUCUGGGUGUUGGGUGUUUUCUUAUCCUUGGGCACGAAUUGGACGUUGUUAGCCGCAUACCACUCCAGGGCCUUUUUGCCGUAGUGGCAUGAGGCCAAAUCCGGCCGAAACAGCACAGAACCCGUGUGCUGCUGCAGGUAGUAGUCGUUUUUGGAGGCACUCUGACGUAAACUUCCUGGUUGAUGAUGCCGGUUAUUACAAAAAUGCUGCUCUUCGCAUAUCGCCUGCCAAACCAGAUAUUUCUUUGCGAAUUUCGACAAUUUAAUGUUUUUAAAUAUCUCUGUCACCUUGCCCCUUCCCGUCCCCGUGUAGAAUUUUCUUCCCGGAAGGUGGUUAAAGUCGGUUUUAACGUACAUUUCGUCAUCCAUAUCGUUAUACAGUCGAACUUGGUCAACAUCGUCGUGUACAACUUCCGUGUCCUCGUUUUGGCCGAUUUGUUUUGCUUCUUUUCGUCGCGGUUUGAGGUCUUUACCUUUUUGUACGUUGACAGCCCAGCUCUUUUCUUGAAAAGUCUUUUUUGCAAGUGGUGAAAAAAUCUCAUACGAAAAGUGUUUUUGAUGACAACUUUACAUUAUAAUGAAAAAAUUUAGCAUAGAUCGCUCUCUCGACAUUCGGCCGUAGUUUUGAAUUGGUAAACAUGAAUAAAUGAAAUUUAUUAAGGAAUUCAUAGUGAAAUUCAGUUUAUUUGACUUGAUAUUUUCGAAAAAUCAACAGUUUAGUCGACUGUUCACAUAUUCCAGGACAGGUGAACAGAUAUUUUAUUCAAUUUCAGCGAUUAUUUCGCAUUUCGUUGUUUGGGGGACAAAGUGGUCAGUGGAGGAUUACUACUGACAAUGUUCUCUUUUCAAAAGCUGAUAUACCAUAUCACCUUCUGCUCCUAAAGGUGUCCCUUUUGUGGUUUUGACCCAGAAAAAAUACGCCAUCCCAACCAGAACCAAGAUUCAUUAUCAAAUGUUAUGUGUUUACUACUACGUUUUUGUACGCAUGAGAAUAUUUCACGAUUCAAGAUGAAUAGGCCUAGCUCAUUUCAUACAAGUUUCUACUAUAUCAAUGAUGAUUUAAACAAAUUUGACCAAGAAAACGCGCAUAAAUCUAUCCCUUCUAGCGUGAUAUGCGCGAGUGACCACUUUGUCUCCAACAGGUGACCACUUUACCUCCUCACUUAAGAAAUGUUCGAUUUUUCACCUUUUUUCUAAUAAUGAAUAACGUACUAUUUGUCAAUUUUCAUAAUAAAAACCGCUUACUCUCUUAAACUACAAUAAGUAGAGCUACAAUAUUCUUGUGGGAAUGUUACGGGAAUUUUAGUGGUAUGUGGACACGGGGAAUGAGCAGGUUCCUUGGGGUGAACACAUUCUCCCCAGUUCCCUUAUAUUCCUUGUUCACAUUUAUCGAAAUAAACUUCAAAACCUCAAGGUAAGCUUAAUGAAAUGCGCUAUAUAACAAUAUUAAUUAAAAUAAACAUUGAAAAAGUUAUCAAACUUUGUUCAAAAGUGAGUUAUGAAUUUUAGUUCCCUCCGAUAUGAUGAUGAAGACAUAUUUUCGUACCAUGUGAAGACAUUUGAAAAAAUCACCUCUACCAUCUGCUCCACCUAUAAUUCAACAUGUCAAAAGGGUCUAUCUUCUUUGAUCGCUGCUCUUCAUCAACUUUCUCUUUCGAUAAUCACGGCCUUUCAGACAGAUUCCGCCAUGACAGACAGAGUUUUGCCAUGUAGUUUGAUAAACAAGGUUCUCGAUCACACCCGUUAUCGUCGAACACAUCAGGAAAUGCUGUUAAUGCUAUGCUGAGUUAUUACUGGAAAAGAAUGUAGAUGAAGAUAAUCGAUCAUAGAAGAUAGGCCCUUUUGACAUGUUGAUCUAGAAUUCCUGCUCAUGGCGUCAUUCACAUUGAAUCACGAAAUCAUGCGAAUCUGACAAAGCAGGUGAUUUUGUCAGAUGCCUUCAAAUGGUACGAAAAAAUAUCUUCACAAUCAUAUCGAAUAAACUAAAAUUUAUAAUUUAAUUUUGAACAAUGAUUGAUAGAUUAUUCUAUGUAAUAAAUAUAGUGCUGUAUACACGUUUCAUUAAACCUUUAUUGAGGGUUAGAAGUUUAUUUCAAUAAAUAUGAACGAAGAACUGCGAACUAAAUUUUAUGGGUUUAGAAAUUAUAAUUGAUGUGAUUAACCGUUGAUUGAUUGAACUCCAACUCUUUCACAAAAAAGGAGCUGUGAAAAAUGUUUUAUUAGGGUGAGCUGUACGAAACGAUUCAAAUGCAAAAAAAAAACAGAAUGAAUUACUCUCGUUUGUCGAACAACUUUUAUGAAUAACUGAAUGAGUUUAUUCAGCUUUGAAGUUAUGGUUGUAACGCAAACCAUAUCCAUAAAACUAAUUACUGUAUGUAACCGGGAAACAUUCGAUUUGUAAAGUGCUAGGUAGUGCGGACUGAAUCAAAACGGCUGUCAAAAAAGAUCGAAUUGAAAUGUCAAAAGAGAUCCAACGAUCAGGAGUGUUAUUUUUCUUAUGAUAAUCAACACUAUAAAAGAGGUAUUCUUGUCAAGGGCAAACAUAAUUAAAAUCAUAAAAUGAACGAACUACAUUUUUCCGUCAAUUGUUUAAUUAACCAUUGCUUCUCUGAAAGAGCAUCUCAGCCUUUCACUCAGCAACGCAUUUUAAUGUCCCCUCUCUUUGACAUAACGUUUUUCCGAACGAAAUGAAAACAAACGAAGUCAGAGUCACGUAAAUGUUUACUCCUGCGAUUUGAAAACAUUCGAUAAAAAGUGGAAGGAAGAGAUGCCAGAUGAUUUUUAAAAAAAGUCUGUAAAAACAUGUGAAUGUCUGUUAAAAAUGUGGAAAAGUCUGUAAAAGUGUGCAGAUCUAUAGAAAUGUCUUUUAACGUUAAUUUUCACAUAUUCAUUAAUACUUUGUACAUCGUGAUGCACGUAAGAUUGUAUUUUGUAUAUAUAUACAACCAUUCCAUGCCAAACCAAUAUAGUAGUUCUCAGAUCUUCGUCAGAAGUGGUAAUUUUGUUCUUUAUCGCAAAACAUUAGACUCGUAUUUUUUUAUUUUUUCAUUAGGGUGCCCAUUUCCAUUUUAGGGUGAUCCAAAAAAUUAUUUUUUUCCACUUUUUCCCAAUCGACUUUUUUCAAAAAUUUAUAACUUUUGAACCACUUAACCGAUUUAGAUGAUCGACAUAUCAAAUUGAAGCCAAUGAGCUUCAAUUGAGAAAUAUUGAACUUGCAGAUAAUAUGGAUCCUAUUUUCGUAACUAUUCAUUGUAGUCGUUUUUUAAUGUUUUCAUGGCUUUGGGCUAGGGGGCGCUAUCUUUUUUUAUAUUUUUUCUUGAAAGCUGAGAAUUUUUUACAUAAAAGAUCUCGAUAUCUGAGAUGCAAUUUUUUCGUUUUUUGAAAUAUGACUUUUCAAAACCAAUCGAUGGUUCGAAAAACUAAUUUUCCCCAUUUUUCCCACUACAAAAUGUCAUAACUUGUGAACUAUUGGACCGAUUCAUAUCAUCGACAUAUCAAAUUGAAGCUUACGAGUUAUUUUUCUUUGAAAAAAUAUUACUUUUGCGAAAAAAUUGAAUUUUUGUUUUUUUAAAUUAUUGAUUGAGUUAGUUUUUCGUAGUUUUCUCGGUUGAAGAUAGGAGCGCUAUAUUUAUUUAUAUUUUUUAUGGAAAGCUGAGGAUUAUUUACCUAACACAUCUCGAUAUCAGAGAUGCUAUAAUUAUCGUUUUAAAGUUAUAAUUUUGUAAAUUUCACAUGUUUUAAGUCUUCGAUCAAUAUUCAUAUGUGACUAAACUAGACCUAUGCUACUAGAAUCCAAUCUUCCAAGUGUGAUUUUUUUUCGAAUUUUACUUAUUUUUUUAUAUUAAUAUAUCGAUCAUCUAAAUCGGUUCAGUAGUUCAAAUGUUAUGAUUUUUUGCAGAAAGUUAUUUUUGGACAAAGGGGGGAACAUGAUUUUUCGAACCACCAGUUAACUUUGAAAAAUCAUAUCUAAAAAAAGAAAAAGUAGUAUCUCUGAUAUCGAGAUAUGUUAUGUAAAAAAUCCACAGCUUUCAAGAAAAAAUAUAAAAAAAAUUUAGCGCCCUCUAGUCCAAAGUCAUAAAAGAAUAAAAAACGACUACAAUCAAUAAUUACUAAAGUAUAAUUAUUUUUUUCGCAAGUUAAAUAUUUUUUAAUAAAAGGCUAGGUCAUUAGUUUCAAUUUUAUAUGUCGAUCAUCUAAAUCGGUUCAGUGAUUCAAAAGUUAUUAAUUUUCAUUUGUCAUUUUUGGGAAAAAGUGGAAAAAAUUGAUUUUUCGGACCACUUAACAACUUAUGUGUUGUAAGUGUGUUUAAAUGUUUCAACGAUCUACCCAUACAUACGCGUUGUUAAUUUUUAUAAAAAUCAGUAUUUCUUCGUAUAUAUAUAUCGGACAUCCACCAAGGCUUGCGGUCUUGUCGUUGAUGAAAUUUGUAAGAAAAUUCAGUGUAUAUUUUCCAUCCGCCAUGCAAGGCUAUACAAGUUUUACAUCACUACACGGCCAUGAACCAUGUCUGUGGUAACAAUAUCGAACAGUAACCCAUAUUUCGUCAUAAGCAGAUCCGAAAGCGAAUGUAAGUUGUUGAAAAUAGAAUGAACAUUUUUAUUCGAUGUUGUUUAAAUACUUAGAAGACAUAGUCCUGACCCUAACUUGACUAUUUUUCAAUAAAUCUCCUUGCAUUUCAGCAAAACAAUCUUAACUAGAACAGAAAAUAAUUAUCAGAGACAAUUUUCGUUCAAGAUUUUUCCUUACCUGCAAGAAACAUAUUUGUAAAUCUGGCAUCUCUGAUGGUCUGAGAAUUUAUUUCAAGAAAUCGCUUGAAAACAUGCAUGAAUUUGCUUGAAAAUGAAGUGGAUUGAGUCCGCACCACUUAGGUAAAGUGGUCUCGAAAAAAAGCGAAUGAAUGACACCGAGGCAAAAGUCUCCAUUGUUUACUAAAGACAAAAGUAAACAAGGAGCACUGAUAAAAAAAGCGAGCGAAUGACACUGUGACAAAAGCCUUACUUCUUUUGACGAUAUUUUCAGCCAAUAGCAGGUAUUUUAUGGAAAUGAUAGCUCCCAAAAAUACACAUACACUCUCACACUGAAAUGUCUUCACAUAUUUCACAAUGUCUUCAAAAUGUCUUCACAAAAUGAAAUGUCUUCACAAUAAGUCAGAUGUCUUCAAAAUGAAGACAUGUUCUCGUACCUGGCAUCUCUGGCCUCCAGUGACAGCUUAGGGUAAGGUGAAAUUGGCUCGGAGUACGCACGAGAAUUUGAUUGUACGAAGAGAAUCGAACAAUUUUGUUCGAUAGAAGCUGGCGAAUUCGAACGAAGCAAGGGGGAAGCAAUAUAACCACACCAAUACAACACCGCCGCCUUAGGGCAUCCGCACCAAUGCGUUGUUACAGACAUUUUGAUAACCCUCACCAUAACGCAGCAACCCCACUGGUGGUUGCGCUUCAGGUGUGGGAAAUAGUAAUCUGCCUCUCGGUGAAUAGUGAGUUAACAAAUUUGGCAACGCGAUAGCAACCGAGCCAAGUGUUGCUAUUUUCAACAAAUGUCGAACAUCUGUUGUGGGUUCCAUUCGUCUUGUGUUGGUUUUUUGUGAUUCUGCUCUGGAGUAUUAUUUCGGAAGUGUAUAUAUUACAUUUAUCUAUCAAAAAAUGAACGCGACGAAAAGAGAAUCAACUGACACUUGUCAUUUCUUCUAGUAAUAGCAAUCGUAUUUAGCAACCUGCGGUGCGAAAAAGAACUGAUACUAUAGCAACCGCGAUAGCAACGACGGGUGCGCAAAUCGAAGAGUUCAUAAAUUGACAACGGCUAAAACUCGCGACUAGAAUCCCUGAAUAGUAACGCGUUGGUGCGGAUGACCUUAGGCUAUCGUUCCACCGAUGUAAAGCUGAGCGAAAAUUUUUAUAUUUUGUUGCACCCAUCUAGAUUGUUUUGUUCCAAAAUUUCUGAAGUGGGCAGAGUCUGCUGCAAAAGCAACGCGAUUUUGUGUUUUUUCGCAGCAAAAGCUUGGGAAGUUCUAUCUUUUUUCGCUUCUUUGCAAGUGAUCCCGCGCGUUCGUAUUGAUUGGUUAACGGAAGAAAUACGCGAAGAUUCGCAUGCAUUUGUCUUCAUUGUGGAGUGUUGAAAAACAAGCCUUAUUAAGCUUUAAGUAAGUUAAAGCAAUAAAUUAAAAGAAAUAGUCUUCUUUAAAAAUGUGUACUGUUGGGGUACGACUGGCAUGGUUCUGUUACUGGUAAACGGACAUUCUUCACAUACGAAGAACUUGGCAGUUACGGAGAAAGCUAGGAAUGCAUAUACAGUAAACAUUCGCUAACUGGGCGAAAAGAGAAGACCAGUUAUCGACAUUCGCGUUCUAACUGGUCCGGCAUGUAAAACGUCAAAUAAAAUCGAGGGGAACUUCAAUGAAUUGUUUGAUUCGCGUUGAUCAUGAAAUUGGAUAAACAAAAGUUUUCCAAUUGAAGUUUCGCAUUGAGUGCAACAGCAGGUAUGAAAUAUAAUUUGAGGAAAUUAUUUUUCUGUAAUUUAAUCAAUGUUUUUGUCAUGCGAAAAUAAUGUCAAUUUUCAUAACAUCUCAAGUUACAUUCGAAUGCUCCUCAUAGUAAAUCUUGUAUUUGAAUAUGGCGUCGAUUGUUUACGAAAUUCUGCUUUUUAACUGGCCGUUAACGUUCGCCCAGUUAAAAAGCAGACCAGUAAAACCAGUACUAGUUAGCGAACGAUUACUGUAUUACGAUCGUUGUCUUCCCACCCCACUGCAGCAACAAGAUGCAACCGUUGGAUGUCUCGUCUAUAGCUUCUGUUACGGCGAACCUGGGCGACUACUGGCGGGCACGGACGAAAAUACGGUGGAAUUCGUUGCGAUGAUGAACAAAGUCCUUUUCGGGAUCUAAUUUAUUUUAUUUUUUUUUUUAUCUGUAUUAUAGUGACUUUCAACUCAUUUGGCUGGUUCGUCACUUCUAUUUCCAUUUUUGGAAGAAUGUCGGGAGUGAGAAUUGAACUCGUGACCUUGAGCGUGAGAGGCAUGGAUGUUACCACUACGCCAGAUCGCCUCCUCCGGGAUCUAAUACUGAGCGUCAAUGCGUCGAAGUCCAAAUCUUUUAUUAAAACCUCACUUUUCGAAAUGUACAAGUUUAUUCGAUAACGUUUCGAUCAGAACUGAACAAUUCUAUCCUAUCGUGUAAUCGACCUCGUUCGUCGUCGGUUUCCCGCGCAACGAUCGGGUGGGAGAAAGAUAGAAAACGGAAAUGCGGUUGAUACGAAUUAACAUACUAAUUUCAAGCUAAAGGGUGUGUCACAUCAAAUUGCAUCACGGAAAAAACGCUGUAGAAAUUCGCCCAGUAGACCGAUCCUUUUGAAAAUUUUAGACAGUAAAAUAAAAACUAUUAAACAACUUUUGGCAUUUUCCAUUUUUCAUACUUCGAGCCCAAGCCCGUAUGCUCAUACCUUCCUCUUUACCCCGUCCAUAAGGUUCUGUACAACGUCAGGAUAUAGUUUUUUUUGAACAGAAAUCCAUUUUCUCUUGAAGUCCGCCUCCGAUUUGACAACUUUUGGGUUCUUCCGGAGGGCCUGCUUCAUAAUCGCCCAAUAUUUCUCUAUUGGGCGAAGCUCCGGCGCGUUGGGCGGGUUCAUUUCCUUUGGCACGAAGGUGACCCCAUUGGCUUCGUACCACUCCAACACGUCCUUUGAAUAGUGGCACGAAGCGAGAUCCGGCCAGAAAAUGGUCGGGCCCUCGUGCUGCUUCAAUAGUGGUAGUAAGCGCUUCUGUAGGCACUCCUUAAGAUAAACCUGCCCGUUUACCGUGCCGGUCAUCACGAAGGGGGCGCUCCGCUUUCCGCAAGAGCAGAUCGCUUGCCACACCAUGUACUUUUUGGCAAACUUGGAUAGUUUAUGUAUGCGAAUCUCCUCCGGAACGCUGAAUUUGUCCUUUGCGGAGAAGAACAACAGGCCCGGCAGCUGACGAAAGUCCGCCUUGACGUAGGUUUCGUCGUCCAUUACCAGGCAAUGCGGCUUCGUCAGCAUUUCGGUGCACAGCUUCCGGGCUCGCGUCUUCCCCACCAUGUUUUGCCUUUCGUCGCGGUUAGGAGCCUUCUGAACCUUGUAUGUACGCAGGCCCUCCCACUGCUUGGUCCGCUGGACGAAUGAACUUGACAAAUUCAGCUUAUUGGCGACAUCCCGGACCGAACUUCUCGGAUCACGUCUAAACUGCUUAACUACGCGCUUGUGAUCUUUUUCACUGACGGAGCAUCCAUUUUUGCCGUUCUUCACCUUCCGGUCGAUGGUUAGGUUCUCGAAGUAUCGUUUUAGUACUCUGCUGACCGUGGAUUGGACGAUUCCCAGCAUCUUACCGAUGUCCCGAUGUGACAACUCCGGAUUCUCGAAAUGAGUGUACAGGAUUCAUUCACGACGCUCUUUUGCGUUCGACGACAUUUUUCCAAAUUUACGAAAAAUUGACAGUGAAGCAUGGCCAACGUGAUCUAUACACUCUUAUCUGAUUUUAAAGCGAAAGCUGAAGAUAUAAUUCCUAAAAAUUAAAUUUCUACAGCGUUUUUUCCGUGAUGCAAUUUGAUGUGACACACCCUUUAGCUAUAAAUUGUUUGGUUCACAAUAUGUAGUGAGAUUCUGAGUUAUACAAUUCAAAUAUGGUUCACUAUUUUUCUUAUGUUCUAACGUAAGAUCUCCAACAGCUUCAUUUAACACAUAUUAUUCCAAGACUGUCGAGGAUUUUCUGCGAAACAAUCCGCUACUGCUACUUCUUCUGGCUAUUGCAUUUGGAAAAGAAGCAACAAUAUUUGAUGAACCAUUGUCCGCCGCAAAAUCUAAAUCCACUUCAAACUAGCAGAACACACGGACACAUGACUCAGAGAAUGACAGUGAAGCAUCAAACAGCUCGUUUACAAUCUCUCCGAAAAAAAAUUGUCCUCUUCCCAAGAUGGCUCAACUACGUGUGACUAAGCGUGUGACACGUGGCAGAAAAGGUUGCGGAGACUACUUCGAACAGUUACCGUCAAAGUUUAAUCAACGCUAAAGCAAACAAGGAUAUUUCAAUGAUUUGCAGGAUUCUCUGUGUGACCGAUGUGGACUCUAUUUCUCAGACUCAGGGCUCAUAAGACAUGCCACAUAGAUUCCGAUAUAACGGGUAUAUAUAUUUUUAAGUUGUUUGUUGAGAUUAUCUAUUUUAUUUUUCCAUCUGUAUUAUAGUGACUUUCAACACAUUUCGUCACUUCACUUCCAUUUUUGGAAGAAUGUCGAACGACAAUGAAGUGUCUUUCUCAAGGCAGACGAAGAACGAGAUUGGAGUAAACUUUCAUUCCACGAGGGCCCUUCUCAGGGCUCGAGACGAAUGAACUGCAGAAGUUUUAAGUAUCUAUAAUCAAACAAGAAAGGAAAGAACAAGGCCCUAUUCUUUGUAGGGUGCUUGAAUGGUGAACACUGUUUGCUGGACGAGUCUCGGCGACAUUCGAAUGUCUUCCUCAAGACAAGAUGGAGGGAGUUCAGCUUGAAGUUUGUCCGCAAGGGACUAUCUCAAAACUAAAGACGAAUGAACUGAAAAAGCUCAAAGUAUCUAUAAUUCAACAACUUAACUUAACAAGACUCGAAAUUUUAUUCAAUAAUUUGUCUGCACUGGGUCAAGGAGUCGUGAUGGUCGAGUGAUGAUAGAAUACAGGUUUAAUGAUUUAAUGACGUUUCUGGUUCGAAUUCGAUGUUGCUUUUCAUUUUUGUUUACUUUCGACUGGGUGCGUGUUGUAAAAUGGAAAUUGUCUCCAAAAUGAUUGGUCCCAUUUUCCUGGCCUUGUCCGAAAGCUGAAUUAUGAUAUUAUCUGUUCUUGCAGUCACCAAAACGUUAGAUAAUUUGAUGGCCCCUGGUUGCGUAUAUCGUAAAAUGGAUAAUGUUUAUGUUUUGCGGUGUUUUUGCAAAGUAUUAUUCCCAUUCGGUUCGCAUUAUUAACCAUGCUGGUAAUAAACAAAAUUAACAUCAAAGUUUCCUUAUAAUGAAAUAAAAUUUUGUUUAAUGAUCGGAAUAUUUUGAUUUUCUUGAGUUAUUUAACUGGAAAUCGGUAAAAUAUUUCCGACUCCGACUUCUAAUACAAUGAAAUUCAUUCCGACUGCUCGAUUCUGACUUCGAGUUCAUAGCCCUGGUUCUAACUCAUGGAAGUAUUUUGCAGGUUUAGCGCAGUGCUCUUCAGAAGGAUUUGAGAAACAAACAUGUUUAGUUCCAAUUGCUUUUACAUUAGUCACACUGCUAAAUAUCGGAUUGUUUUUUCUUGAAGGUCCAUCAUGAAUUCAGACAUUCUUAUAACAAUUCGUCCUGAAUUUGAAUUCUAAAUAUACAACACUAGAGGACUGCAUGUAGAUAGCGACAACUGAACUAGAAUCAGCUGAUUGUGUCCGCCACUCGGAAAAAUUAAAGAUGCGUUCAGAAGUCGCAAAAAACAUGUUAUCAAAAUACACCCAGGAAAUAGAAAAAAAAGCUCGUAAAAAUCUACAAUAACAAAUCAACUUUACACAGAACAAAACUUGUGAAUCAAAAUAACAAUCUCUACAUAGCUAUUGAAAUUUAUCGAGAAGAAUAAAGAACAAACAUAAAUGCCUUCCUUAUACGUGUUUGUGAUCAAUGUUAAUAACAACGAAACCAAACAAAUAAAAAAUAAUCCAUACUUUCCCGGAAUCCAACAUAGCCAUGCCAUCAGAAAACAAUAGCCAAUGAAAGUAUUGUCGGAAUCGAGAGCUGUGUAGCGCAAUCAAAAAACCGGAACAUCCCGAAAACGCGACGUGUGAUUUUAAUAAAAAAAAACUGUACAGAAAAAGAGCCUCGCUUUUCGCUGCUUGAGAUGUUUGAUAAUUUUAACUGAAAACAAAUUGAAAAAAAAACAGAAAAACAGCGAGAAGUUGCCUUGAUUUGCCUGUGCUUUUGAAAACGCGCGUUGUUAUUACGACGUGGAACAGUAUGUAAAAACAAAACUAGAUAUUAGCCACUGAGUUUUCACUGAACGUCUGCCAAAUGAAAUGAAACAAACAAAUAAGUGAAAGCGAAAGGCGAACAGCUGGAACUGGAAAGAAACCGAUGUCAAUGAUUAAAUAUAUCGAAAAGUGAAUGCAAUUAAAACAUAAGGAAAAGAAAAGUCACAGAAACGAGAGACGACAAAUUCAAGGAACGGCCAAGAAAGAAGGUGGUGAUGUGGGUGAUUGAUCCCCACCCACGCUCGGAAGUCUGCCGGGAUAACAAUCCUUCCUGAAUUGUAAAUUACCCCUUCUGUACACGGUUUGACGACUCGAAUUGCAUCCCAAACAAUAACGACAACAAAAAAUUUGGAAUAAAUGGAAUUAUACAACACUUUAUAGCCGAAAUGAAGAAGAGAUGAAGCUGGGCGAACACACACACUCAUACAGACGCUAUUUUUGUAAUCGUAUUUAUUACCAAUCGCGCGUAAAUUUAUCCAAAUACCAGCAAAAACAAAAUUGUUGCAAUGGCACACGGAACGAAACGGCUUUUUGUGUAGACGACGGCAGAAAAUUGGGAGAAACUCUUCUUUCGGGACAAAAUGCAAAUCCCCGGAGGGGCCGAAUAAAAACGCUAACAUUAUUAUGGAAUUAAAUUUAAUGUAGCUUAAGAAAUUUGAGCAAAACAAGCAAACAAACAAACAGAAUAAAAAAACAAACUAGAACAGAAAACAUUGAUGGAGCAGGCAGAUGAAAUGUGAGCAUUUAAAAUCGAAAAGAAAACCGCGUUAUAAUUUGUUGAUUGUAUAUUAUUGUAAUGUAACUGUACUAUUACGCAAAAGUGGACAAAAGUAUUCUCAAUAAAACGAAAUGAUCAAAGGAACUGAGCGGUGAUUAUAGAGAAAUAAAACCUUGGUAUG